AAGAGCGCUGCCGGCAACAAUAUUCUGAGAGUGACGUGCGGGUUAUUGGGAGUAGAAAGUGGUCACGAAUGUGUGAUUUAUGUAAUUUAUGGUUGGGAUGCAUAAGUAGUUGUUUGUUGUACUAAUGGAAAUUUUGUGAAUGGAAACAAACGUAAAAACUGUAUUGUCUGUAGGUAGGUAGGAAAUAGAUGUGAGAGGAAAUCAUUCGAAGACAAGCUAUCUCCUUGAACAUGCCCCGCAGACAACGGACAGAGAUGUCUGAAGUCGCAAGAAGAUUACAAAAAGCAGCUAUUCGCCUGGUGUUUAGGGUGUUGGAAUUAAUUGUAUCAGGAUUUUUGCAGUUGGUUUAUCAUGGGAAAGGUGAAGUAGUUCCUCCCAUUAACAACCUGUUGCUUUUAGAGCCUGCAUCCACACUUGCACUGAAAAUAAGAACUAGAAAGGUUUCAAGCGUCCAGGUGAUAGAAGCUUACAUAGCUCGUAUAAAAGAAAUAAAUCCUAUCUUAAAUUGCAUGGUAGAUGAGAGAUUUUCGGAUGCCCUGAAAGAAGCAAGGGAAAUAGACAGUUUUAUUGCAUCAGAAACAAAGAGUACUGAUGAAAUUGCAAGAGAUACACCCUUUCUUGGUGUCCCGUUUACAACAAAAGACUGCAUACAAGUAAAAGGCCUGUCAAACACUGCUGGAUUGUACAAAAGAAAAGAUAUAAAAGCUCUUGAAGAUGCCGAAGUCAUUGCCCUUAUGCGAAAAGCUGGCGGAAUUCCGUUAGCUGUUACAAAUAUUUCGGAAUUGUGUAUGUGGUGGGAAAGCUCAAACACAGUCUAUGGGAGGACAAACAAUCCUUACAAUACAAACCAUAUAGUUGGUGGCUCUUCAGGUGGGGAGGCCUGCAUUCAAGCUGCAGCAGCUUCCCCAGUUGGAAUAGGCUCAGAUAUUGGAGGUUCAAUAAGAAUGCCAUGCUUUUUCAAUGGCAUAUUUGGCCACAAGCCUUCUCGAUGUAUUGUAUCUAAUCAAGGAGAAUACCCUGUGCCUUCUGAAGAACAAAAUACCUUCCUGGGAACUGGUCCUAUGUGUCGUUAUGCAGUAGACUUGCUGCCUACCUUGAAAGUAAUAGCUGGGAAAAAUGCAAUUCACUUGAAGUUGGAGGAAAAAGUCAGUUAUGAUAAAAUGAAAUUCUAUUACAUGGAAAGUGAUGGUGGUUCACCUGUAGUUUCUCCUGUACAUCCAGAAAUAAAAGACGUUUUACUAAAAGCUGUGAGUCAUUUUGAAAGAGCAUAUAACAUAAAAGCACAAAAGAUUAGACUGGAGAAGAUGAAAAUGUCUAUUGAUAUAUGGCUUGCGAAAAUGAAAGUUAAAAAUGGACCUACUUUUUGCGAGGAACUGGCAAAUAGAGAGGGUUCUAUAACUUUAUGGUGGGAGUUAGUUAAAUGGUUUCUUGGAUUCUCUAACCACACAUUUAUUGCUUUAGCAACAGCCCUAACUGAAAAACUUGGGGUGCAGCCGGGUACCCCAGAAUAUGCACAUUUGUGUGAUUUGUGUGAUCAGUUACACCAAGAGUUCCAGGAUAUGCUGGGAAGCAACGGAGUACUUUUUUAUCCAACACAUCCUACUCCAGCACCCUACCACUUAGAACCUCUCGUCAAACCUUUCAAUUUUGCUUACACUGGAAUAAUAAACAUGCUGGGAUUUCCUGCUACACAUUGUCCACUUGGUCUUAGCAAAGGUGGAUUACCCAUUGGAAUCCAGGUAAUUGGUGGAAUGAAUCAAGAUCACCUGACAAUAGCUGUUGCAAAUGAGUUGGAAAAGGCAUUUGGUGGCUGGGUUCCACCAUCAAUUGCUGUGUAAGGACUUGCCAAAUUGUUCAUUCGUUGGUGGUUGGUAAUAUGCAUUACAUAAUUUAAUGUGAGUGGAAUAUUUGUGGUACUUUUUAAUGGCUGAAUUUUUAAGCUUAUAAAUAAUAUAUAUAUUUAUAGUCUGUAUGAUUGAUAUGCUGCAUGUACUUGAGGAACUGCGUCCCGUGCUCGUGCUCACUGCUGUCACAGCCCUUUUUGUGGACUAUCAACUGCACGUGAAUCAUCUUGUGAGGAGUUUUUCAACAAGGUCUUCCCUUGGAUGCGGUUUCAGCAAGGGCUUGCUCAGCCUCAUAGAGCACAGUCAAUUCCAUCAUUCAUAUGCACAGACACCAACAUUCUUAGUCAUUGUGGGGCUCCAUUUCGCCUACUCUUCACCAAGGUGCCUCUUACAGAAAUUGAACUGUAGGAAAAGUGGGUGGAUAUCCUGUGUAGGAUCAGUGUACUCUAGGGGCAGGUCCACGAGUGCGUGUAUGCUCCGCCUUCACCAUCAGUACUUUAAAGUAGUAUAUGCAUAGACUUAUUUCCUUCAAAGGCAGCUCUAUGAAGUGCUGUGCAUUCACAGUGGCUUUGCUUACAUAUAAUCAAAAUAAAUCAUGAAAUUGUGUGUAUCUAGUGAUAUAUUCUGGAGUGAAAUUGAAUAGCACAGAUUUUGAAUGUCUUAUUUGUUUGUAAACAAAAUUACCAUUAUUUAUGUGUGCAAAGCAGUUGCCACAACCAGUUUGUAACCAAAUGUAGUGUGUUUGUUGUGUCAUUUUUCAUGUGGUCCUAUAUUAUUGUUUGCCUGGUUACAUUCCUACAGUAUCAAUACUUAAUUUUUUAGUGUAUCUAUUAUGGUUUAUUUUGUCUUCGUUUCAUUUCCAUAUUGUUCUUGGAACAUCUCUGUGUCGUCUUGUUAUUUUCAUGUGGUUUGAUCAUCUCACAACUGUGUUUCUGAGCAAUAUUUGGCUCAGACCAUUAGUUGGUGUGGUUUACAGAUUUGUCAUGACAGUUCCCUCUGUUAUCACAAUGUGCUUGUACCCACAUUUUAAAUCUGUACAAAGGAGUUUAAUAGCUAUUAAAUGCGACUAUAAUAGGUUAUUCUUGGACUGACUGGUGAUUGUCAAUCUAUUUUAUCUGUAUUUAUUCCUUAUGUUCUCUUGAGUUCUUAAUUACGUUUUUUUUCCCUCUCUCUCUCCAGCUAGUUAAUUUUGUUGCUUUUCGUAACUUCUAUUUUUUAAACAGUGGCAUCAUCUUGGUGAAUUACAUUCCAUACAAUGCCACAUGACCAAUGUUGUUCCUGAUUCCUGCCAUAGAAUAUUUCUUCAAAUCCUGUAGAAUUACUUAGACUCUCUCAUUGUGGUCUCAAGUGCUGUUGAUGCUGUGUUUGUCAUGAACAACAGCAUUGCCUCCAUAUCAUAUAACAAUGUUAUCUCUUAUAAACUUCAUAGGCCUUUAAGUGGCAGUAUUAUGUCAGAUAUUGACUUGUGUUACGUAAGUGCCUUCUGCUUGCCUCUCAGCUUCUUGGUAAGUUGCUCCUUUGUUUGAUUUUGCAUUGCCCUGUACUUGUCUGUUGUUGAAUCAGUAAUCCAUUUUCCUUUAAUUAAUGCCGCUUCCUCAGUCUAGUAAAAGGUGUAUCAUUGUCAGCAUUGCAGAUACUGCUUCUGGUUUUUCCUCUCAUUCUUCAUUUCUUUUAAAUUACUGUCUACCUGCAAACCUGGCACUGUGUAAAUUUCUUCCUCUUUUUGUGUUGUACAGUUUUCUGUACUGGUUCUGUAUUGCCAUAUGUUACUUAAGUGCCAAAGGUAUGCACAAAAAAGUUUUACGGUUAGACUGAUCUGUUCUUUGUGUGCCAGUUUAUGGUAUAUUUACAUGCUAUGUACUUUCUGAAGUCUGAGAGAGUACGUUCUAGUUCAUAUUACCCAAAGAUCAAGUUUGUUCCUAAAUUUGAGUUCAUAUUUGGGUUCAUGCUGUUAUCAUCUGCAACUGACUUGUGAAAUUUGGAGUUAGUUUAUAUGUGGUCAUAGAGAGUAUUUGUAACAGGUGCAGGAAACAUUUAAAAUCUAGCUUUUGUUAGAAAAAUAUCACAAUUUUGUCUUCUGUGUUCUUUCAAAAUUUACGAUUUUUUUUACAUCCAUUUGCCACUAGCUAUAGAUGUAAGCAUUAGUUCCCUAACAUUUAGCAUUGCACUGGUAAGAAUCCUGAGCUAGGAAGUCUCAUUUCUGUUAAUUGAACUUAAGAUUGUUUGUGAGGGUAGUCCAUUUCUGCUAAGAUCUACAUGCUGAUCAUUCUUGAAGAGCAUUCAGUUAGGUUCUAAGUUAAUGCUUUAAAAAAUAUGCUUUUUUAAUUCACUCUAGUUAAGAAAAGGUAGUGUAAAUGUGAAACACUCAUGUAUUUCAGUAACAUGUGAGAAGAAAUAUGGCUCAAGCAUGUCCUUCAUCACGAAAUACGAAACUGGAAAAAAGUUUGCAAUUUUUUGUGAUGAUGUCUCAACUUGUUUGUUAAUUCCUAAUGUGCUAUUUAAAGAAGAUUGAACAUGCCAAUUACCAUAAGCACUAUGUCCUUUCCAGUUAAGAAAUUCAAAGAAUUUGGCAGUGAUGCUUUUUAUGCCAGUGUUGAAGUGUUUGUUUGAAAGAUACAGUUAUAACUGUAAGACUCAUAAUGAAUUUGAUUCACUUACUUUUUUCCUUUUGUGAUGCCAUAUGGAAUGAUUUUUAUGAUACUUUGAUUCUGUGACCAGAUCUGAUUAAAGAGAAUGCCACAACUCUGCCCUUAGAAAUGACACGAAAGUUUUUUUUUAUUUUUUGAAAGCCUAUGACAACUGUUUGUAUUUAAGGUUUCAUGACACUCUUUGGUACUGUGGCACUGCAACAUUAUAUACCUUAAGGGGAAAGAUAUCUGGAGAACUGUAAAAUUUCGAUUAUAAUUCACUAGUUGACAACUUGUGUGAAAUGAGUUAAAGAUGACUGUUGAAGGUCUUUAGUUCUUUGCUCUAUUUCUUUCAGCCAAAAUUAGACCUUAACAUCUGUCUCCACCUUUUCCAUUUUACAAUGCUGUUUGUUUCCAUGUUCAUUUGAAAUGAGAAGUCAUGGGAUAUGAUUAUAACUCUGCAAGUUCACAGUGAACUUGUAUAUUGUUGUCGAAUAUGACGAACAUGUUAUUUUGAAAAACAUAAAAUUAGGUGCAAUGAGGAUCUUAAUAUUAGAUAAAUGUCUGUUAUUUAUACCAUGUCGAAUGAAAUGAAUGUUGUGCUUAAGUGACAGUGCACACCCUCCAUGUUGUUUUUAAGUCACCCAGAAACUGUAAUUAUUGUUCUAGAACUGUCAUUAAAAAUACUGUUGGACUUUUUCUGAAGAGUUUGCAGUAUUUUUGUGCAGGACAAUAAGAAAAGAGAGAUAUUUUUGUAACACUUAUCUUAGCAAACUUAUCUGCCUAUCUGCUUGCGAGUCAAAGUGUAAACUAGGGAAGGCAAACUUUCUGAUCUCCAUAGCUUUCUGUUGUGCACUUGCUUGGGUAGUGAUGCAUUGUUGAAACACAUGGAAGGGAAAAAUAGUUUUUCCCAUCAUCCAUGUAUUCUAUUACCAUCUUAUGACUGAGAUGCAGGUAAUAUACUUGCCAUGCAAGACUUAUAUUAUAGGUUGAGAAAAAGACAUGAAGGAAGCACUGCAGUUCUUAUGAAUGCAUAAAUGUGAAUGACAAGCGGCGUGCGCUUUGUGUGUGUGUGUGUGUGUGUGUGUUUUUUUG